GUUUGUUUUAGGGUUAGCGUAGCUUUGCCUCAAAGUCUCUCUUCUUUUGAAGAUAAUCCUUCUCUGGAGCUCAUGACUUCGAAUCUUAUCGUUCUAAUCCUCCUCUCAAUUUCAAAUCUAGCUCUACGCUCUGGUGAGCAACUUAUUGGGAUUUAAAGAGGAACUGGGCUUGCUUAAGCUCAAACCAACUUUUCUUCACUCUGGCCGCUUCUGCAAAGACGUGUGCUUCUCGCACCUCUGCGCAGGUGUGGGGUGGCCUUGAACUCCUUACUUCACUUUCUCUUCCAACUAUUUCUCAAGCUUCAAUCAUCUGGAGACUACGUCGUGUCUCCGAGGGUCUAACCCUUGAUUACGGCUAACAUCUGUUCAUAAACCUCCAAAACUUUCUUUUUCUUGCAAAAACGUCACUUCCAUCUUAUCGUUUCUACUUAGUGUUGUUGUAUAUUAAUUCCAAAACAGCUUUUAGUUUUUAGUUUACUCUCUUCUUCUAGUGGGUGAUGUACUCUAUGUUCUUGAGUUUGACAUAAUGGUAAGGUUUUCAUGCUUCAAAGCCCACACCUACCGCCACAGACCUAAGAAAUCCGAGGAAGAUGGGUCUAGAUCAAAAGGUUUGAGCUCAAUCAUAUUUGGAAGAAACAUUCCUUCUGUUAGUGGAAAGAGCAAGCCAUCUGGCUCUAUUGAGCGUGUUUGGAAAUCUGAGGAGAUUAAACCCAGUGGCGUUCUUGAGCAUGAUGCUGGGACGCAUGAGGUAAGGCAUCACAAGAAAAGUCAGUCUCAUGGAGACGAGCUAUACUUGGAUGUGAGGGAAGUGACAGAGAAUGGAACAGACCAGAUCACUUCUCCAGAUUCUCUUGAACUUGGGAGAAGCAGCAGCAAACGUGUAGAGGGAAGUCCUCCUAAUCUGGUUCAGAAAGAUCCUCGAGGUUCGGUUUCUGCUUACCAGGGCUCUGAUCAAGCACUCUACGGGUCUAUUUUCUCUGUUGGAGAUGUUCAUCAUGCUGAUCAGCUCGAUGACACCUCGGUUUUAUCCGGUGAAGAACAGAUGGAUAACUCAAACACCCAAACACCUUAUGCUUCACCGGUGUUGAUGAGGUCAAACUCAAUGCCUAAUAUUGCUGACUCUGCAUCAGAAAAAUCUUCACAUUCUCACCACCACUCUAGAUCCUCUGAUGACCUUCAUGGUCUAGACAUGCACCAAACAGAAAAAUCUAUCCACGAGACUGAUGCAGAGGUGAAGCAAGAGCAAGAGAAUCUCGAGGAGGAUGGAUAUGAUGAAGAUGCAGAUGAUGACUAUUCUUCCCUGGCAAAAGAUUGGAUAGUACCACCUACAGAUGAGCUCAAGUUAACAACCUUUCUUGAAGGAGAAGCAUCAAACAAGCCAGCAGAGUUUCCAGGAAAGGAUUCUAAAUUCAAGCGUAUUGAGGAUUGGGUUAAUGACCUUCAGCAUGUAAACUUCUCAGAGGAAUCUGAUGGGAAAACAGGAUACGAUGAUGAUGAUGAGUUGCCAAGAGAACCGGUUGUGUUAAACGAGCCAACAACAGCUCCUGCUAAUAAAGUAGAUGUCAUGAAGUCUAGUCCUGGAAUGGAAGCAGCAAAAAAGUAUAUAUCUUCCAUGAGUACUUCUGCGACCACAGUCCAGCUGGUUAGUUAUGGUCUGGUUGAGAUACCGUUCCUAAGUGCAUAUGCUGGUCUGAGAGUUCUCAACCUCUCAGGAAACGCAAUAGUGAGGAUAACCUCUGGUACCCUUCCUCGUGGACUACAUUCAUUGAACUUGUCAAAGAACAGCAUCUCUGUGAUUGAAGGCCUACGUGACCUCACCCGGCUUCGAGUACUAGACCUGAGAUACAACAAAAUACUGAGAAUUGGUCAUGGUUUGGCAUCUUGUUCCUCCCUGAAAGAACUAUACCUAGCUGGGAACAAAAUCAGUGAAAUCGAGGGUCUUCACCGUCUCUUGAAACUAACGGUCUUGGAUUUACGCUUCAACAAGUUUUCAACCACCAAAUCUCUCGGCCUGCUCGCUGCGAAUUACAGUUCUCUUCAGGCUAUAAGCUUGGAAGGCAACCCAGCACAGAAGAAUGUUGGUGAUGAACAACUGAAGAAGUACCUUUUGGGACUCUUGCCGCAUUUGGUAUACUAUAACAGACAAGGCGCUAAAGAUGCUCGGCUCGGGACAAGCACACUCCAGUUGGAACGAGGUCUCAGAUCAUCAGAGCUUAAAAACAGUAGCCGGAAGAGUAGCCUUGGUGCAUCAAAUACCCACAAAGGUGGAUCAUCCACGGCUCGUAAAUUGCAGAAAAGGUCUAAGGAGAGAAGCAGCCGUCUUCCGCCUUUGGGACACAAAGUAUCACCGGCUGCUUACGAGAAUUAUCAUGUUGCUGCUGGUGAUAGGCUGUCUAGUCUCAGAUCAGAGCUCUCUAUGCGAAGAAGUCGAAGCGCAGGAACUCUUGGACCUGUCUGA